CCUUCCCUCCCCUUCCCCCCCGCCCCGACGAUGUGGUGCCGCUGGUGGGACUCGUCCUGGGUCCCCGUUCGGGCCGCCUUCGCCCUCCGCGGGGCCUGGGGGGAGCCCCGGGGCCUCCCCCAGGGCCCCCUGACCCGGGCCUCCCACAGGGAGGCCCAGCCCGCCCGGCCGGAUGACGACCCGGCCGAGGUGCCACUGACCGUCACCGAGAUCCGCCGCUACCUGCGGGCCCGCGGCAUCCCCUUCCACGACGGCCACUGCUGCUUCCACGUCCCCAGCCCCUUCGCCGGCGGGGGAGGGGAGGAAGGGUCGUCCGGGCCCGGCAGAGGGGGCGGGAAGGGGGCCGGGGCCGCCGCCCGCCGCAGCCUGUACAUCGAGAAGACGACGGGCCGCUUCCUGUGCACCGCCAGCCUGGCGGAGGGCAGCUGGAGGGACUUCCAGGCCCGCGUGGAGCCGCCGGGGGAAGGGGCCGCGGAGCCGCCGGGGGAGCCGGUCCUGGGCGAGGCGGAGGCGGAGGACGUGCGGCGCCUGUGGGCCCGGGCCCUGCCCCUCUGGGAGCUGCCGGACGGGGAGGCCGAGGAGGAGGAGGCUCCCCGGGCCGCCUUCGGCCUGUCCCGCCUGUCGGACUCGACGCUGAGGCGCUUCUCCGUGCGCUACUUGCGCGGGGCCCGCAGCCUCGUCUUCCCCUGGUUCUGCCCGCGGAGCGGGAGCGGGCUGCGCGGGCUGAAGCUGCUGGCGGCGGAGAGGCAGGGCGACGGGGUCCGCUACGCGGAGACCACCCUGCCGCGGCCGGCCGCCUAUCUGAACCUCUUCGGCCUGCCGCUCAUCGGCCCCCGGGACGCCGAGGUGGUGCUGACCGGCCGGGAGCUGGACAGCCUGGCCCUGCACCAGGCCACGGGGAAGCCCACGCUGGCCCUGCCCCGCGGCACGGCCUGCCUGCCCCCGGCCCUGCUCCCCUACCUGGAGCCCUUCGAGCGCAUCGUGCUGUGGCUGGGCGACGAGCCGGGCUCCUGGGAGGCGGCCAAGCUCUUCGCCGACAAACUGAACCCGGAGCGCUGCUGGCUGGUGGUGCCCGGCGAGCGGCGGCCUCGGCCCCUGGACGCCCUGGCCCGGGGCCUGAACCUGCCCCGCAUCCUGGACGCGGCCCAGCCGGUCGGCCACAAGGCCAUCAUCUCAUUAGCCCAGGUGCACAAACGGGUGCUGGAGAACCUGGCCAACGCCGAGCAGGUGGCCGGUGUGCGGUGGAGCCGCUUCCCGGACCUCAACCGCCUCCUGAAGGGGCAUCGCAAAGGGGAGCUCACCGUCUUCACCGGGCGGACGGGCAGCGGGAAGACGACGUUCAUCGGCGAGUACUCGCUGGACCUGUGCAUGCAGGGUGUGUGCACGCUGUGGGGCAGCUUCGAGAUCAGCGUCGAUCGGCUGUUCCAGGUCAUGCUCACUCAGUUCUCCUGGGGGCGGUUGGAGGAGGAGCCGGACAUGUACGAGGUGUGGACUGACCGAUUCAAGGACUUGCCGCUCCGCUUCAUGACUUUCCACGGGCAACAGAACAUCAAGACUGUAGUGGACACCAUGCACCACGCCGUCUCCAUGCGUGGCGUCUCCCAUGUCGUUGUCGACAACCUGCAGUUCAUGAUGGGCCAGGGGCAGCGGUCGGCGGACAGACUCUCGGCUCAGGACAACAUCAUCGGGGCAUUUCGAAGGUUUGCCACUGACAGCGGCUGCCACGUGACCUUGGUCAUCCACCCCCGCAAAGAGGACGACGACAAAGAGCUGCAGAUAGCGUCUAUCUCCGGAUCAUCCAAGGCCAGCCAGGAGGCAGACAACGUCCUCAUCCUCCAGGACAGGAAGCUAGUAACGGGACCGGGCAAGCGCUACCUGCAGGUGGCCAAGAACCGCUUUGACGGGGCUGUGGGCACCUUCCCGCUGGAGUUCAGUAAGACCUCGUUGACUUUCUCGACUCCGGCUAAGGCCAAGGGCAAGGCUCGGCUCAAGAAGGUGAAGGACAGCAACAAUCUGGUCUCCCCCAGGGACCUAGAGUACAGCCAGGAGGAGGUCGUGGGCCAGCUGUGAGGUCAGCUGUUCCUGGAUCCUGGAACUGACAUCCCCUAAGGGGAAUUCCGCAGAGAGCGGCGAGGAGGGCAUCUUGUGUCAUGAAUAAAGUCGCGCUAGACGGUU